GAUCAGUCACCCUGAAACUUUGGGAGCUAGGUCGUUAGCAUUUAUUUGUGUCAAAACAAGGCCAUCAAGUCCAAUCAGAAUCCUUUCGAAGGCUUCAAAGGGAGCUCAAGAGUCCGAGUUUAUUCCGUCAUUGUCCAUAUCUUACAACGCCAUGUCUGGAGACGAAUCCGGGGAUUCCCCUGCGGGUUCGCCCGGUGGGGUGGAUCUGGACUCUUCCAAAGAGUCACUCACUUCCUACAGCAACGAGCGCCGCCGUUCUGAGCGCGUCAAGCGCGAAAAACCAGAUUACUAUGACGCGUUGGAUUUUGAGCACAAACGCACGAAAAGUCCCGGGCGAGGACGGAGAGCCGAAAAGGGCGUGUAUAACACCCCAGGGCGGAGCCCUAAGGUGGAAGGGCGAGGGCGAGGACGGGGUCAUGGGUCCAACUCGCCUUCCUCGUCCUCGGGUCGGGCUCACCUCACGUGGAAGAAAGGCACCGAGGACGACGAGGAUGAUCGCGAGCGACGUCGCCGCAAACGGCCCCGACAUCGCGAGAACGAGAACGAGGACUUCAUGAUGGAAGACUUAACUGCGGAGAAGAUCCUUCAAUGUCGCGUGGGCCUGGCCGAGAUCAACCGAAAACUGGGUGUGGUCAUGGUCCAGCCCAAUUGAAUCAUCCGCUAGUAAUUCCUGCCUUGCGUACUAUUCUUGUAUGUAUGUAAUAAAUCUCUAAUUUUGACUCAA